AUGAAGUAUGUUAUGGACCUGCUAGCAGAUACUAGAAUGCUUGACUGUAAACCAGCUGAUACACCUAUUGUUGAGAAUCAUAAACUUGGGAUUUAUGUGGAUCAGGUCCCAACUAAAAAGAAAGAUACCAAAGUAAGCGUUGCUAGCCAAUUUAUGCAUUCACCUAGUGAGGAUCAUAUGGUUGCUGUGAUGCAUAUUCUAAGUUACUUAAAGUUUGCUCCUAGGAGAGGUUACUUCACCUUUGUUGACGAUAACCUAGUUACAAGGCGUAGCAAAAAGCAAAAUGUUGUGUCUCAGUCCUCUACAGGGUUUGAGUACAGAGGGAUUGCCCAAGGGGUUUAG